UCUACAUUCUAGCUCUAAUUUGAGUCGAUUAGGCAUUUCUAUUAGCUGUAUGCACUCUAUUUUUGACUGAUCGAUAUUGCUAGGCUCAGUCGUCAGUAUUAGCCUCUAUAUCUUUCAGGACAUGUCGAAGAUCACAGGCUGUGAAUUAUCUGGCCGCUCAAGAAUGAGGAGAACAUUUGACGUCAAUUGUGAGAUGCAACCUCAGGACCAAUAGGGUAGGCACAACCAAGAGACACAGACUAUAGACUACCAAUAUCCUCAGCAUAGCGACAGCCCAAGGCUGUGCGCUCCUCCCGUGAGAAAGAGAUGAAAACAACAUUAAUAUCAGUUAAUACAACAACGGGCAAAGACGUGCUUUGAAGGGAUAAGGUGGCGGAGAUUCGUUUCGUUCCGCCUCUGUGAGCGUGCCUCUCUCUCUUUUUCUCUCCCUUUCUCUGCGACUCCAUCUUCCUUCCAAGAGGUUGUCACGGAAUGCACAGGGGUUUCUUUGAAAGACCGUCAUUUCGCCACUUGAUGGGAGUGACAUGGAGGCUCGCGCGGCAGCUCUGCAAUGAUUCACUCUCAUGCCGCAACAAUGAGUAACCAACUCUACAACACCUCUUCAUUGAUCUUCACUGUUGAAGAGAGUAGGAACGACUCUCCCACCCUCACGACGGAGCUGCGGCCGGUCGCUGUCAACCCCUGGGACGUUGUCGUGUGUGUGGCAGGGACGCUGGUGUCCUUCGAGAAUGCGGUAGUGAUCGCCUUAAUAGUUUACACACCCACGCUGCGAGCGCCUAUGUUCGUGCUCAUCGGUAGUCUGGCAUUCGCAGACAUGCUCGCGGGCUUGGGGCUCAUCCUGAAUUUCGUAGUCACCUACAUGCUGGACACGGGGCUGGUGACGCUUCUGUCCGCCGGACUGCUCAUCACCGCGUUCUCUGCCUCCGUGCUCAACAUCUUGGCCAUCACCGUGGACCGGUAUCUGUCGCUCUACAACGCGCUCACCUAUCACACGGAGCGCACAGUGACUUUCACCUACGUCACGCUGAUUCUCAUCUGGCUGACUAGCGCCGCUCUGGGUUCGCUGCCGAUCUUUGGAUGGAACUGCCUGGAUGAUGAGGCGAAUUGCAGCAUCUGCCGGCCCAUCAACAAAAACAACGCCGCCGCGUUGGCGGUGUCUUUCCUUCUCGUCUUCGCGCUCAUCCUGCAACUGUACCUGCAGAUCUGUAAGAUCGCGUUCCGGCACGCACAACAAAUAGCGGUGCAGCACUUUAUGACUACCUCUCACGCGUCCUCCACCACCAAAGGGGUAUCCACUCUCUCCAUCAUCCUCGGGACGUUUGCACUCUGUUGGGUCCCUUUCGCCAUGUACUCCCUGGUGGCAGACAGCAGGUAUCCUGCCAUGUACGCGUAUCUCACCGCGCUCCCUGCCAUUUGCCACUCCUUCAUCAACCCUAUUAUAUACGCAUUCAGAAACCCAGACAUCCAACGGUCUUUGAGACUCGCCUGUUGUGGAUGCCUGCCCCAUAGUUUCACCAUGCGCCCAAGGACACCAAGUGAUGUGUAGAUAUCUAACCUGUUCUAAAACACACACACACACACACACCCUUCAAUGAUCCAUGUAUUGUAACUGGAAACGAGAAUGCAUAGGUCUGGUUAUGAUUCCAACUGCGUUUUAUGGUUAAUAUUUAAUGUAUUUAUGUAUCAGAGUCACCUUUUAGUUUUGUACAUUUGCAUACUUUCCAUUGUGCACCAUACAGGAACUGGGAGUUUACUUAGGAAAUAUUACUUGAUUUUAAUGUGCGCUGUCUUCUCGGAGCCCAAGGUUUGUGAAGAAUGUAAUGUAGACCCCCAUUGUUGGUGUAGUUGGUGGUCAGUACACAUAUCACUGUGAAUGGAGCUGCACAUCAACUUGCUUCUCUCAUCACACAUAGAUAUUUAAGACUAUCUUCCACAGAUGAUGGUGAUUUUAUUAUAUAGGUGUAUUAUAUAGGCGAUAAUUCAAAAGAUGAUUGUGUGUGUCUCUCCACACAGCUAUGAGUGGAUAAAGAUAUUGUAGGAUAAAAUGGCCUUUUCAUGGGAAAAGUAGAAGUAAAAAAAAAAUAUGAAUAAUAAGCACUAUCUUGAUCAUAUCUUUAGAUAAAUCACAACCUCAGACUAUUAGUGGUGAACUAAGACCUAGCCUAAGAAAUCUUUAAGUACCAUGGACAGCGGAUUGCAUACAGUUACCACUCAAGGCCUGUGUUGGAUGCUGAGUAUUCCCCUCACACUGAGGAUAGCUGGUGAGAAACUAUCAAGGAAAUGCCAGAUGCAGCAGUCCUGAUCAAUAAUUCAUAGUUAAGGGGGAAACAGCUCAUUCGCAGCCGACUAAAACAGCUUAAAACAUAGUCAGGCAGUGUCACCAAAUGCAUUUUUUACAAGUUUUGCACAAUUAUUGGCGAUCAUACCAUUCUCUGGUGGAACAGUUGCAGUGCUUCACACAAACACUGGCAAAGAUAACGUGUGCAUUUUUUCUGUAUAUUCAACUAAGUUACAUCUAAAUUUAGGAGUAUAAAAACUAUCACAUAUUGGCCUUUUAACAGUACAUGUUAGGCAGGCCUGGCAAUCAUUGAAUCAUCAUCGCCCAGUUUUGCCCUGUAUUGCAAGAUGCAUUGCAAAAUGUUUUCUUGAGCCUAUUUUGAACUGAUGGAUUUUAAAAAAAACUGAUGGAUAUU